CUUACUCUAUCGGUUGGCGUAUAGUGAUCGAGCGAAGCGCUGGCUUGCCCAGAGGGAUCAUCAGGCCAUCUCCAUCCUCACUGGACGAAGCUGGAAGCUGGGAGUCCCCCACAUCCGGGAGAAGUGCUGGCGGUGAUGGAGAAACGGAACCAUACUAGAGCGCACCCGGGAUAUUGGUACUCGCCGUCAAACAAGAAGAAACGAUCGCGAACCACAAGGGCCCGUUCUCAGGGAUUGGCAGUGCUUUCAAUGCCGUCCUCCACACCCGGUCAGAGCUCGCAGUCUAACGCUUGGUCUACCUCGUUGGAUAGUGACCGCACCAGUGAACAUUCAACCGGAUCUUCUCAUGCAGAAGAGGGGACCUUCACCAAGCGCAACGUAUUGCAUUCAAAUGGCUGUAGCCCGCUGCAAAGUGCCGCCUCGGUUUGGUGGCAGUGAACGUC